AUUUGUUUUUUGUGGUUCAUCAUUUAUUUAUUUAUUUUUUUCCUCUCUCUUCUCCUCUUAAAUCCUUGCAGAAUGUGUGCUUCAUCUUCCCUCAGUUCCUGUAUCAGUUCUUCUGUGGCUUCUCGCAGCAGCCUCUGUACGACACGGCGUAUUUAACGCUGUACAACAUCAGCUUCACCUCCCUCCCCAUCCUCCUGUACAGCCUGGUCGAGCAGCACGUGACCAUCGACACGCUGAAGAGGGAGCCCUCUCUGUACAGGGACAUCGCGAAGAACUCCCUCCUCCGUUGGCCCGUCUUCCUGUACUGGACGUGCCUGGGUGUGUUCGACGCGGUCAUCUUCUUCUUCGGUGCCUACUUCCUGUUCGACAACACCACCUUCACCAGCAACGGCCAGCUUAUGACCACCAACACACAGAUGAUGUUCGGAAACUGGACGUUUGGGACUCUCAUCUUUACUGUCCUGGUUUUCACCGUGACCCUCAAGCUUGCCUUGGACACGUGUCACUGGACUUGGAUCAACCACUUCGUAAUCUGGGGCUCGCUGCUUUUCUACGUCAUUUUCUCUCUUCUCUGGGGCGGCAUCAUUUGGCCCUUCCUGAACUACCAGAGGAUGUACUACGUGUUUAUGCAGAUGUUGUCCAGUGGCCCAGCGUGGCUCAGCAUCAUCCUCCUCAUUACCGUCAGCCUGCUGCCGGAUGUCAUCAAGAAAGUCCUCUGCAGGGCUAUUUGUCCAACAGCUACUGAGCGAGCACAGGUCAGCGAGAAGCUGCUGUCCGGCAGCGCGGCCGAGCUGACCCCUCUGUCCUUUCGUCGAUCCUACAAAGGCAGGAGCACAGACUCCACCCUCCUCCACCUCGGUGCUGCAGAAACGCUGUCCCUCCGCAGCUCCAGUCCUCUUCCGCAGAAACUCCUGGCUCACCUGGCGGAGGGAGGGGGGUCCGACCUGACCUGUCUCAGCCCAUAUAUGCUUCGUCUGUCAGGGGCGGGGUUUGCCUACUACGCUCCUGGACCGGAGACGCCUGUGUGAAAACAAAAAAAACAACAGAAACAUCACAAGAUGUCGUUAAGCUCUCCAUUGCAAGAGUCAAGAAUUUAUUGAGCAUCCCUCGAAAUCAUGGACUCUCCAUGUUCAUCAUGUGCAUUUUCUGGGGUCCACCUGAGUGGACCACCGUUGUCUUUGCAGUGCCCGGACUCUUUCUGUCAAAGUUUCCUGUCAGGCUCCCAAUCAGAACAGUUGGAGAACUCAAAGGGAGCCUUGAGCAACUGUUCUUUUUUUUUUUUUAGUUUUUUUGGUUUUUUUGUGAACUCAUCCCCAUUUUUACUUGCAUUAUUGCUCUUCCUUCACUUUCAUGUCAUUUUCUAUUUUAUUUUGUAAAUGUUUGUUUUAAAAAGAAAAUGUGUUGUUCAUGGACACUCUGUGGUCUGGCCAAGUAAGGGGAUAGCAGUCUUGCUCAGCCCUUUAGGUAUGCGUGUGUGCAUGUGCUCUAUAAGUACGCAUGUAAUUGCUUGUUUUUUUGUAUGUUUGUACGUGACACACACCUUUACACCUUUGCCUUACAGGUACGCAGCAGAAGUGGGAGCUAAAGGAGCAAAGCGUGAAAAGGAAUUGGUGUUUUACAAAGCCUUACACAGACACACACACAUGUUCAUUAGUUUUACGGUGCCUUACAAAACUAUUCAUACCUCCUGGGCUUUUUCGCGUUUUGUCUUGUUGCAACCACGAACUUUAGUUUUGGAGGGGUUCGUGUGACUAAGCAACUCAAAGUAGGAAAUUAACUUACCAACACAUUGCCAAGGAGAAGAGAAUUAAUCAGAAAAGCAUCAAAGAGGACCAUGAUGACUCUGGAGGAGCUGCAGAGCUCAGGAGUAAGAAUCUGUUAAAUGGAAAACUGAAGAGGCCACUGCUGGACUCGGAAGAGGUCCAAACUUUAACCGUUUGGCCUGCAUGCAUAAAUGUGUGUGUGUGUGUGUGUGUGUGUGUGUGUGUGUGUGUGGUGAAACAAUAAUCCUGAACACACCAUUGUGGUGUGAAAUACUUUUCUUCAACUUGGCGAGGGAAGCCGAUCAGUGUUUAUGGAAAAGUGAGUGAAACUGAACAAAAUGGUGAUCCUGGAAAAGAAACGGUUUGAAGUUAUUAUAUACAUGGAGUUUAGACAAUCCACCUCGACAUACAGCCAAAGGUAAAGUGUAAUUGUUUAAAUCAAAGCAGAUUUAUGUGUUAUAAUGACCGAGUCAAAGUCCAGCUAUAGAUACUUAAAAUCUGUGGCAAGAUUUGUAUGUACAACGAUGCUCUUGAUCCAAUCUGAGUUGUUAUGCAAAGAUGCUGAAAGCUGACUUGUAGCUGUUGUUACCGAAAAGGUGAACUCCGAACACAUAUCCACGCCAUACUUUUAUUACAUUUAUUUAUUAAAAACCAUGUAUAAGUUCUCUUCCCCUUAUUCGCCGCUUUGUGUUGGUCUGCUGCAUGAAAUUCCAACAAAACACACUGAAGUCUGCAGUUGCAUUCUGACGGAGUACGAAAAAGUUUAAGGGUUAUGAAUGUUUUUGAAAGGCACUGCAAAGGGGAGAUGAAGCAGCUCAAGAGGAAAGUGCAGUAUUUUAGCCACCCUGCCUUAAUUCAUGGACACCAUUUUCAGUCGGUCAAAUAAAACGCAUUCAUGAAAGUACAAGGAUAUUCACAGGGAUUCCAUGUCUGUUACAGCGUCUGUUAUCCCCCUCCGUCUUCUUUCUGCCCUCCUAAUUGUGUCGAUCUUUGUCUCAUUUUUCUGUCAGCGUAGCAUGUUGAAUUGUCUCUGCAUGCUGUACUACUCUUCUGUAUAUCACGGCUUGUUGCAGACAUGAUCAUCACAAAACAUAUCGAGUUAUUUUGUGCUUUCUGAUCAGUGAGCAUGCCCUCUGCUGCCACCGUGUGGCCGCUUGAGGUAAUAGCCUGGAAACGGCGGGGUACUGAUUUAUGAAUGUUGCUAUCCCUCACUGUUGCAAUGUGCUUUGUGUAUUUGCUGCCAUGAUAUGUGUCAUGAAAACGCUAACGUCAGAAUGCUAAUAUUAGGUAGGUGUGUUACUAGGGGUCGUCUCUGUGUUGCAUUAACUCCUACGUUUUUGUUUUUUUCUUUUCUGUAAUGCUCUAUAAAACUAUUGAUGUCAGUGUUAUAUGUAUGGAUGUAAAUGACAAAGAUUUUGCCAUAUAUAUAUAUAUAUAUAUAUAUAUAUAUAUAUAUAUAUAUAGUCUAAAGAAGGUAGAUAGUUUGUCGGGAAUAGGUGUGAGACUUGAAAAGGCGACGUCACAAUCAAAAUCAAUGAGAAUGUCGAACUGAUUUGUCCAUCAUGUCCUGUAUCUGAAGAUUGUAGCUCAUAAUGGAUGAACCACUUUUCCGCAUUUCUGAAAGCAUUUCCGAAGACCUCUUUGUCCAAAGCCUAUCUAGUCCGCUAACAUAGAAAUGUACUGACUCUGGAAGUCUUGAAUGUGACAUUCUGAAGCAUUUUUUAUAUGUUUAUACAGUUUAUUUUCAUACACAUCGCCAUCUGCCAACUUGUAUAGAUUUGAUAACAGGUGUUCAGUAUUUUUCUACUGGGGCACAGAUGAUUUAUUACAUUAAUGGAAAGUUUAGGUUCACCCUCUCAGUUUUCAACCCAAAACCUCCAUAAGAGCCACCGUGGGUCAAACCUUAACGUUUUUGUGGUGGUCACUGUGUUGUUGCCAUACUUUCUACAUACUGUGCACCAGCCCUAAUAAUACAGCAAUGCUGUAAAGGUUAUUUAUUUUUUAAUAUUUGAGUCUUCUGAUUUUCAUCUCGUCAUUCUUGUGUUUGUCCAGUGCUCAUAUUUUCUUCAAUAGUUUUGUAUCUCAGAGAGAAGACUAUAUUUUAACUGUUAGAGUGCGUGUUGACAUUUGUAACCAAAGUGAGAGUAAAAUUUAAAUUAUAUGGUUUUGUUAGAGUUACCUAUAGUCCGACACACUGCACUUUGUUUCACAACAGAUCAGUUUUACCCUUAAAGAAACAAGCAAGCUCUAUGGCCUGUCAACUGGAGUUUGUAGUUCACACUUCCUCACGUUAUUUUUCUAAGAUUGUAUGGGGUGAGAAUUGACAAAAAAAAGAAAAAAAAAAAGAAGUGACCUAAUGACCUGACUAGGAAUGAACUGUCUGUAGGUGCCAGCCUCUGUCUCAGCGGGUUUAUCACACCAGCCUUCUAUUGCAGAUCAGAAUGUCAAACUGCUUUUUCUAAGUCCAUCAGCACAACAGCAGGUGCUCAUCCAGUCACUCCUGAGCUUGGUAAAGGUCUGAAACAUCGACUGCUCUGCUCCGAGGAGCACACUUCAUAUCAUAGUACCUUUAGUAUGCCACUGUUUGUAUUACUAAACAGUUUUUGACAAAUUACUUGUUUUUUUUUUUUUUUGGGAUAAAGAUUUUAAAAGUUCACAUGUUGACUUUUUGCCAGCCUGUCUGUAGCAAAUGAGGACAAAGCACUGUAUUGUCAUUCUGCUUGUAAUAAAGAAUGAAAGAGAAA